AUGUCUUACUUCUUGAGUUUGCCAGUUAUCACAUCUUUGCUGAGUAUUUUGAUCAGCUCUCUAGUUCUUUACUACCUCCACAUCAAGAUCUCAGAGCGAGUUCUAAACAAUUUCCAGGCCAGCGAGGCAUGGAUCCCAGAGAAUGAGUUGGUCCUACUGACCGGUGGCAGCGGCUCUAUUGGCAGACAAAUAAUGGAAGAGCUUUCUGGUAAGGAAGUACGCGUUGUGAUCCUUGAUAUCAGUCAGCCUACGUUUGAGCUUCCAGAAAACGUCACAUUUUAUCAAACAGAUAUAACAUCGGCCAAGUCUCUUUCCGAAACUGGCGCUUCUAUUAGGAAGCUGCACGGAGAGCCGACUGUUAUUGUGAACAAUGCUGCUGUUUUCAACCAUCACACCAUUCUCGAAAUUCCAGAGAAGGAACUACGUCAGACAUUCGAUGUCAACAUCAUCUCUCAUUUCCUAGUCCUGAAGGAAUUCCUUCCGUUUAUGGUCCGCAUGAAUCGUGGCCAUGUCGUUACAGUGGCGAGCAUUGCUAGCUUUGUUACUAUAGGCGAGAUGGUGGACUAUGCUUGUUCUAAGGCUAGCGCUCUUGCUUUCCACGAAGGCCUUAGUCAAGAGCUGAGAUAUUGGUAUAAGGCUCCAAAUGUGCGGACGAGUUCGAUUCACCCCCUUUGGGUUCGGACUCCCAUGAUCGAAGGUUUCACUAAAUAUGAAGCUGAUUUCCGCCAAUCACUCCUGGGUCCGAAGGAAGUCUCCCAGGCAGUGGUGGAACAUAUUGUUACUCGGAAAAGUGGACAAACCAUCCUGCCUAGGCAUGCCUCGGUGUUUGGCUCGCUCAAGGCCUUGCCACUAUGGUUGCAAGAGGCAAUUCGAUCAUACUUUUCGAGUAUAGUCUGGAGAGUGCGGAUCAAGCGGGUUGCUGAUAAGAAUCCUGGCUUGCGUGCUCCUUGA